UGGGAAGAGCCGAAGGAUGGACAAGAUUACGGACAGCCGCCAUUUUGUUCAACGCCAUAUUGAUGGGCAUCGGAAGCUGCGGUAACCCUCUUCUCGCGCGCCUCUACUUCAUCGGCGGCGGAAGCCGGAUAUGGUUUACAACCUGGCAGCAAACCGCCGCUUGGCCAGUCACUUUAAUCCCUCUUUCCGUCUCCUUCAUCUACCACUGUCGCCGCCGGAGCCAGACAAGUGACUCCGGUGAGUUCCACCACAUCACGCCGUUUCUUUUCAUCUCCGCCUUUCUCAUCGGCCUUCUGAUGGGCCUUAACAACUACCUCUUCACGUCCGGUGUCGCCAAACUUCCCGUCUCGACGGUGCUUCUGAUCGCGAGCUCUCAGCUCGCGUUCACGUCGCUGUUCGCUUUCAUCCUCGUGAAGCAGAAGUUUACGGCGUUCACGAUAAACGCUGUCGUCUUGCUGACCUUAUCGGCGGUUGUUUUAGGCGUCCGGGCGGGAAACGACCGUCCGGCGGGGGAGUCGAAGAAGGAGUAUAUUAUGGGGUUUGCUUUCACAGUUGGGUGUGCAGCUUUGCUGGGGUUGCUUUUGCCGUUGGUGGAGUUGAGUUAUAGUAAGGUGAAGAUGGCCAGGAUUGAGUAUAGUAUGGUUCUGGAAUUUCAGAUGGUUCUGUGUUUUGCUGCCACUCUUUUCUGCACGGUUGGAAUGUUAAUAAACCAUGAUUUCCAGGCAAUAACAAGGGAAGCAAGAGAGUUUGAAUUAGGAAAAACAAAGUACUACUUGAUAAUAGUGGGGAAUGCAAUAUUUUCACAGUUCUAUUUCGUGGGAGCCCUUGGAGUGACGUCUUACGGCUCAUCUCUGCUGUCUAUGGUCAUCAUCACCGUCCUCCUCCCCAUCACGGAGCUAUUGGCCGUCAUCUUUUACCACGAGAAGUUCGAGGCCGAGAAGGGCAUUUCUCUUUUCCUCUCCCUCUGGGGAUUUGUUUCUUACUUCUACGGAGAUGUAAAAAACAAUAUCAACAAAAAGAACCAGCAACCGGCGGCCCAGGAAAUUACCGAGUUGCCCUCUUCCGUCAUUUCACCGUCAAGAAGUGUGACCGGUCCUUGAAGUCGUAGCGCAACACAAAUCGCAGUCCAUUUCAUUGGACCGGUCGGCCGGCUUUCAUCAUCUGCUUUAGUCUGUCUAUACUUUAGUCGCAUGAUAAUGGUCUUCCAAAUGCUUUGUGUAGUGCUUGUCACUUGAAAUUCAAUGUCUUGGAUAGUGAGUGGCAUUUUAAGUUUAAAAAAUGUCAUUCUUGACUAUUGAGUGUGUAAAAAUAAGAAGUAAUUAAUGAUUUGUGUGUGAUUUAAAUAAAUUCCAUAGAUAAAAUGUUACGUAGUACUUCCUAUUCACAAACCGAUGACUAUAUUUGUAAUUUUCAUUGUCUAUGGUUAUGGAUA